AUAUUUGUUUUUGGCGGUUCGGCCCAAUUAUCUCGUGGUAUAUAUAACAUUUAAAGCCCUCGAGAUAGUCUCUUCUGAGAAACAAGACAAUGUUUAAAAGACAUGGCUCUAGUUUGGAAUUGCUACCACACGAUGUUGUAGAGCUCAUACUCGAGAGACUUCCUGUGAAUUCUCUGCUGAGGUUCAAGUCUUUAUCCAAAGACUGGAAAUCCACAAUCGAGUCCAAGCGUUUCGAGGAACGACAGUUGAUCCGUCGUAAGCAAUCACGAGGUCCAGAUGUCCUCUACGUGUCCCUUCACGAUGAUGAAGCUCCGAAGAGAAUUGUUUUUGGGUCGUCAAUAGUUUCUACGAUCAAGUUCCCUACUAUUUGCUCCAUUGUUUGCUAUGGUAGUUGUGACGGUCUCGUAUGUCUCUAUUGUGUCUCCACACCGGGUUUUGUGGUCAACCCCGUCACUAGAUGGCAUCAAAGUUUUCCUCUUUCCAGCUUUCAACAGCUCCGCAUGGCCAGGCUUAAUAAAGGAGAUUUUCACGCUCCAAAUUAUAAGCUUGGAUUCGGUAAAGACAAAGUUAAGGGCACAUACAAGCUGGUCUGGUUAUAUAAUUCAUCUGAAUAUGGCCUAGACAACGUUACUACUUGUGAAGUUUUCGACUUUAGCACCAACGCUUGGAGGUACCUUGUCCCUGCUUUUCUCUUCGGGUUCUUUCUUACCAUAAACCCGUGUACUUAGAUGGGUCACUUUACUGGUUCACUGCCUGUGAAGAAGAAACCAAGAUAUUAUCUCUUGAUCUUCA